AUGUGUCGCGAUUGGUUGAAAGUCAGUAUGGAUACAAAAAAGAAUCAAGUUCGUCUGAACGACGACAUGGCAGAUCCGCAACAGGAUAUGCCGAGCACCAGCACCCAAAAAGCUUGCGAAUUAUCGUCGAACGUGGUGCCAAGUGAGCGCAAUGAGUAUCCAGUGCAGAUAGCUGUGGAUUUCAGCAAAUUGAGGCCUGAUGCUUUGCGCAGAUAUAUGAUGUUUCAUGGCAUUCCAAACGCGCAACAUGUGUCAAAAGAGCAAUUAGCAGUGAUUGUUGCCAGACAUUUUCACGAAGAAUGCAAGAAGACUGACGAAAGCUCGAGUCUCGCGUCAUUUGUAACUUAUCUUACAGGGUCAAACGACACUGUCGAAGCAGCAAAGUUGCUGCAAGCGCAACCAUAUCGCCAGAUCAAUAGUGAUUGUCACAUUAAGGAGAAUGAAAGCCGACAGAAGAUGUACCAUAGUUUUGCAUCAGAGAGUACGUUUACAGCCAAAGAUGGUGACCAGUUCAUUGACUGCAGCCAAGAGGAGAAAAGAUGGAUUCGUAAACGGCACUUAAAUCCACACAAGACGCGAGUGAUUGUUACAAAUUUGAAAUCAAUCGGUGGAAACCGACGAGGGAGAUCCGAUAGUAGCGAUGCUGAAAUCGUGCAGAGAAAGAAGAAACGAAAAGGACGGCUUUAUUGUAUAUGUAAGGGUACGAGUUUUGGCAAUAUGAUUGCGUGCGAUAACAAAAAGUGUCUCGAGCGGUCAAAUUGGUACCACAUGGAUUGUGUCAAUCUUGAUCCAUAUGAAGACGCACCGAAAGUCUGGUACUGUCCAGCUUGCCAGAAGAACGACUGUGCAGGCAUUCCGGAGAACCAAUAUCGGAAACCGGCGGCAAGUGUUACGUAUGGCGAUAUGAUUUCGCAUGCACUUACUGUACUUCCAGGUGGCAAAGGCUCAUUUAAAGAAAUUUGUGACUUUGUUGAGAUGGAAUACGAGAGCCAAUUGAAUUGGAAGCUAGAAAGUGAUCAACGAAAAUCACCUGUGUGGAAAUCAUCAGUGCGCAAGAUCCUCUUCUCUAAUGUGCGGUUUCAAAAAUACCCCGAAGGCAAAGGCAUGUUUUGCUUGGCUGCAUAA